AUGUUGUCAUGCCAGGGACCAUAUGUGGUUCGUAUGCGCGAUGGGAAUGAAGCUGUGAUCCCGAGCGCUUCUACAAUGCGUCUCGAUCGUCGUGCAAUUAAAUCAGUUCACUUCUCGAAUUACAGCUUACUCAAGGAGAUGGUUAACGCGGUACCAUUACAAUACAGCGGGGAUGUACAGUCUAACGGGUUGCCCCCAAAACCACAAAUGACAAAUGGGGAGGCGAAGAAGUCUUCUUCGUGGUGGUUUGGCAAAGCCAAUGAGGAGCGCUCAUCUGAAGCUGUUUCAAAUCCAACUGUUAUUCUGCCGGAAGUCCCAGAAAAACCAUUCGCUCGCCAGCUCACUCGUAACGAGCAAAAAGACUGCCUUAUUAUUGGUGAGCAGCUUCUAGUGUUUAUCAGGCUGAACAAAAAGUACUGUCAGUUCGUGAUAACUUUUGUUUUGCUCAUAUCUUUAUAGUA